AUGGCUGAAGAAUGCAAGCCCGCAGCAUGGAGAGACUUUGUCUACGCCGACCCACAUCUUCGCGAGUUAGAGGAUCUAAGAGAAAAGGGCUGGCAAACAGAGGCUGGUGAUACGUACUGGGAAGCUCGGCGAAAGGCGGCGGCUACCCCUAAUCAGGGCUAA